CUUUUCUCUGAACAUCUUACUCGAUUCACAGUUUCUGAACGUACUUACAGGGGCACCACUUACACAACAAUAACAAGAUUUUAAGUGUACCAACAUAUGUAAUUUGCAUGUUUUGGUUGUUGCUUGUUAGUGGUUCAAAUUAAGAUGCCUUCCGUGUUAUUGACAGAAUCUUUGGCUUUAGAACUUGGAGACAGAACAGGCAAUUCUAUUCCAGCUCAUGAGCCAUGGCCCCAAGACGUGAAGUUAUUCCAGCCGUACGAAGUAGAACAAAUAUUAUUGCCAGACAAUGCAAAUUGUCUUGCAGUGCAGACAUUUCUGAAGAUGUGUGGCCUGGAUUUUGAAGUCGAACAAAGGAGCAAUGCAGAAUACAUGUCACCAUCAGGUCGUGUGCCAUUUAUCAAGUGUGGUGCUUUUCUUAUUGCUGAAUUGGAUCCAAUUAUUUCUUUUGUCAACAACAAGGGCAUUAGCUUGUCUGACAAGAUGGACAAUGCGCAGAAGGCAGAUAUGAGAGCUUACAUGUCCCUUGUCAAUACAGUUCUUGCCAAUGCUGAGUUAUAUAUAACAUGGUGUGACAAAACAACACUGCAAGAAGUAACAAAACCACGCUUUGGGUCUGUGCUGCCAUGGCCGCUGAAUCAUGUCAUUGUCUGGCAGAAGCGUAGCCAGGUCGUGAAGAAGCUUGGAGUUUUGGGCUGGGCACACAAAACAUUGGAUGAGGUGUACCAGGAGGUUGAGAACUGUUGCAAUGCACUGUCAGUGAGACUUGGAAAUCAGCCGUACUUCUUUGGCGACAGACCGACUGAAUUGGAUGCUCUAGUGUUUGGUCAUCUGUUCACAAUUCUGACCACUCCACUGCCCAAUAACCGGUUUGCAAGCAUUGUGAGAGGCUACUCUAACCUAAUUGAUCUGUGCAAACUUGUGGAGAAGGAAUACUUCGAGAGGACAGCAGAAUCUUAAUGCAGCCAUCGUGCUCAAUACAGUGAUGAAAGGACCUUCUGUUAAUGGCCUUCAGGAAUAUUGAGUCACUGAGUUACUUAUAAUGUAAAGUAGUAACAAAUGUUCUUUUGCUAUGUUGUGUGUGUGUCUCAUCAUAAGGUAAAUUGGUUUUCUUUGUAACAAUCAGGAACUGCUGCACCCAGAUGUCUGUGAUUUCUCCCAUUUUUAGAUGAUUUAUGAGUAUUUUUAUUAUUUUCAAAGGCUUUAUUUUCAUAUAGAAUAGUCUUUGGGAUCAUUCACGCAUAUCUAUCGAAGUGACCAGACUGAAAACUAAAAUUGGUGGUACUGACAAACUGAACUAUAAUACCAAUACCACGUAUUCAGAUGUUUAUAUAUUGACGGUAAGGAUAUGGGAAUAUACUCUUUUGGUAAUUUGUAAUUAUCUUUCAGUUUAAUGUGAUUCUUCCAUGGUUAUAGUUUUUUAUAUUAAUUUGUCUGGUAACAGUGGUAUAUAAUUAAAACAAGAAAAAUCAGACCCAGGUUCCAGGUAUGUAAUGGUGGUUCUGAUGCUCUGAAAGAUAA